AAAUAGUUAUUGUAUAAAGUUGUUUAGUUGACUAAGGCCUUUUUACAUUCUGUACCUCUGGCCAAGAUGGCUGCAUCAUUUGGUAGAAUUUGUCGAUCUGGAUUUUUAAAACCUAGUCAUGCAGGCCUAUUUAAUCAGGCAAAUCAUUUUUCAACAGCACGAGUUUGGUCCAGAGGUCGUAAAGCGAUGAUGGCAUGUUUAGGAAUUGCAGUUGGUGGUGCAGGAACUUUAAUUUAUUCAUUAGAACAUUCUGUAAAAGCUUUUGAACUUAUUGCUCAUCCACCUCAUUAUGAAUGGACCUUUUAUGGCCCUAUAAGCUCAUUAGACCAUGCUAGUAUGAGACGAGGUUGGGAAGUUUACAAGAAUGUUUGUUCUGCUUGUCAUAGUUUAAAGUAUGUUGCUUAUCGGCAAUUAGUUAAUGUUACGCACACAGAAGCAGAGGCAAAAGCUCUCGCAGAAGAGGUUCAAAUUGAAGAUGGACCCGAUGAUGUUGGAAAUUUUUUCAAGAGACCAGGAAAACUUUCAGAUUUUAUUCCAAGUCCGUAUCCAAAUGUGGAAGCGGCUCGAGCUGCUAAUAAUGGAGCUUAUCCACCUGAUCUCUCCUAUAUCCUAAAUGGCAGACACGGUGGAGAAAAUUAUAUCUUCUCAUUAUUAACUGGAUAUUGUGAUCCACCAGCAGGGAUGAAUUUAAGAGAUGGUCAAUAUUUCAAUCCAUAUUUUCCAGGUGGAGCUAUUGGUAUGGCUCAGGCUAUCUAUGAUGAAGUACUAGAAUAUGAAGAUGGUACGCCUGCUACGGCCUCACAGGUUGCUAAAGAUAUUACUAUGUUCCUUAUGUGGACAUCAAAUCGUGAACAUGAUGAGAGGAAGCGUAUGUUCAUUAAGUUCAUGGCAGUCAGCUCAGCAUUACUAUUACUUCUUACCUGGAUGAAGAGACAUAAGUGGUCAACAAUUAAAUCCACAAAAUUAGCAUUUGUUCCAAAAACGAAGAAUUAGUAAAAGAAAGAUAAGAAAAAAAAAAACAAAAAACAUUGAAAUGUAAUGCAAUUUGAAGAAAUUUAGCUCGAAAAAUCAUUUCAAAUAUACAUAGUAAUGUGAAAACAAAAUCUGAUAUAAUUAAAAAUGUAGUUUUAAUAAUUUAAAUCCAAAUGACUUGGCUUUGACUUAUUUGAAAUUAAUUGUUAUUGAGAAAAUGGCAUUUAAAUGUCAAUCACUAAUAGUAUAAUUCUCAAUACCUUAUCUAUUAAUUUACACCGUAUGAAUAAAUUCGUACAAUGUACAUAGAUGCCAAAGUGACAUCAUCUUUAAUAAAUCGUUAAAAAAAUAAGAA